UUGGUGUGUAUAGCAGCUCGCAGUGCGAGGAGGAGGACCGAGCCCACCGGGGUCCCCGAUUCGAGUGAGCGGCGUCCAGAUUAAAGGGGUCAGCGGCCCGCCCCCUCUUCUCGCCUCGCAGCGGCGGCUCGAUUGCUGGAGAGAGUGGGCCGGAUCCGACCCUGGCCCACCGUCCAGACGCGCACCACACCGUCCACCGUGAGCCCAGCUACACCAAGCAGUGCGUUCACCGGCCGCCGGACAGGCUACAGUAUCUGGAUCCUUGUUCAUCGUCCGCAGCCAUGCUGGCACCAAGCAAGCUGUACGGGUUUCUGCUGCUGCUUCUGGCAACCUUGGAGGUGCAGUGCAGCGCACAGGAUACAACAACCAGGCCAACACCAACGUUCAAGCUCCACAGACCCCUGGGAUUCAACCGCAACGGCACCCGAACGUUCAAUCACACCAUACUGACAGUCCGCAGGAAGCCACUGUUCGGAAGCCGGAGGCUGAAGCCCAAACAAGAGAACGCGACCCCCACGAGCACUGAGAGCCUUCAGAACGUCGUUCCCGAUUACAAAAAGUCGCCGCUCGAAGGAAAGGACGACGCUGCUCCCACCACGACCAUAUUCCCACCACCCCCCGUAUUGCGUCCGUCGCCUGUAGAGAGCGCGGCCAACGCUCCGCAGGUGGUGCCUACAGAGCCGACCUUCAACCCCGACAAUUUCUUCACGACGCGGAAAAAGAAUCCAGUGGUGGUUGUAAGAAGGUUCCCCAAGGGUCCUGGCCAAGGAGAACGGGAUGCUGUCUCACCAAACGUCGGGGCUCCCAUGAAUGAAGCAGGUGGCAACGCGCAACCCGGACUGUUGCCUAUCGGCAACUUUCCAAGGCCCCUCCCGAGGCCCGGCUACGGUUAUCAACCCCCUCAGCCUGUCUUCGGAGGAUCAAUCCCAUUGGACACUCUCGGUGCCGGUGGAAUUCCGAGAUUCUUCACGCAAAGAGACAUCGAUUUCGUCGCGCAGGCCUUUAGGAAUGCCGCUGGUAAUGAGAGUAUACCCCCUCUAAACAUUCCAGCAUUCAAUGUUCCUUCUGCUAACCAGACUCAGCAGCAGGAACAGACUCAAGGGAGCAUUAUCGGCGUUGAAAACCAGAAGCAACAUCAGCCGAGAUUCCGAGUCCCUGAGAACGUCCUGAGGCAAGGUUACGCAGACAGUUUGAACAAUGGUUACCCAAACCAGCAGAGACCUCAUCUAGAUGGCUCGCAGCAGGCAGUUCCACUAAAUGCUCAACAACGUCCGCCACUCGGCCCCGAUGGACGUCCCCUUGUGUUCCAGGUACCCAAUGGAGCGUACCGAGUCGCCUAUCAACCGCAAGCGGGGCCUUAUCCUAACAACGUACAGCCUCAGCUGUUCCCGAACGUUGUUCCAAAUGGUGGCUACCCUCAAGGACAGGGCGAAGAUCAGGUGUACGGUUUGGACCCUAGACUCUUCAGACCUAGCUACCCAAUCGUUCAAGGCGGGCUACAAGUUCCUCAACGCAAGCAGCAGCCAUUCAAUCCUGCACUUCAACAUGUGCCGACUUCAAGGCCCGGCCAGCAGACACUGGCCCCUCCGCUCGAGCAGGGAAGGGCUAACCCUGGCCUUGUCUACCAGAACUACUUGCCCAUGCAGAACAUUAACCCCGUCUCUGGGUUCUCCCCUAGUGGGACAGGGAACCUACAGGGUGGCGGGUACUCCCCCAGUGGAGCGGUACCACGGGGAUUCCGCUUCAUCCCCAUUCCCAGCAACGACAGAGUCGUCGCUCUUCCAGACGAGGUCUUCGCGAACAGCUUUACACCGAAUCAGCUGGUGGAAAUCAGGGACGGCCGUGCCAUCCCCGUUCAGCCCGUGUAUGCCGUGUACCCAGGAAGGAACAUGAUUGGAUACCCACCACCCGCGUCUGCAAAGGAGGCUGCCGAGCGACCACCGGCGGGAGGCGUGGUGCGCAGGCCGUUAUACCAGGGAGAGUACGCUGGCGGACUGGAUGUCCCGCCGCAGGCGCCUCAGAAGAGAACAGGUUUCAUCGAAGGCCGAGAACCGGAUGUUCCAUACUCAGCCGCUGCGCACGAUGUCAUGUACACCUACAGACCGGACAUGAUUCCUGGCUGCACCAACGGAAGCAAGGAGGCCAUCUACUGUCUCCGGGACGACGAGUAUCCGCGGGCGGCUCUGCAUUUGUCCGUGGACCUGGAGCAAAACACGAUGCACAGGCUGUUGCCGGAGACGCCCGAGGGAGAUGGCAGAGCGGCGGCCGCGCUGUUUGUCGACGGCUUCGUGCCUCUCAAGGAAUCCCCGGCCGCACGCGACAACAACGGCGAGCAAGCGUCCGGAAGCGGUGUAAACGGCACAGUCGCCGAGUUGCCGUCGCUGAGUGACGACGGCAGCCUGUUCGCAUGCGCGUCUCGCGUGACGCACGCUCGACCACUGCGUGCGCGUACCGUCCAAGGCCUCUGGAAGGUGGUGGUCAACAUGCACAGCCCUCAUGGUCGGGGAGCCUUCCAGCAGAUGGUGCGCACCGAAGAGUGCAUGGAACCUGGCGGCAGCUGCAGCAACCUGGUACAGUCGUCUCGGUGCGUGCAAAAGUACAACCUGCACCGGCUGGUGGUGUGGACGCGCCAGGAGGGCAUCCACAUGGACACCUUCCGCCUGCCGGUAGCUUGCUCCUGUUACGUGGGGAAGGCAGACAGGAAGGCGACGCAGCUGCGUCGAGGCCCCGGCAGGACCUAAGACGCAACAGCCACCAUCUCCCUUCAAUCUACUGCGUUGGUCACAACCGGUGCCGCACGGACGGCGCGUGUCUACCAUGGUCUGUCUUGCAGCUGAGCGCGUGACGACGCCCUGAAGUGCGUCGCCAUUUUACGUCGAAUCCUGCGCUGCGGAAUUCGAGACAAUCAUUUUCUGUGAAUACCGGACACCGAGUGCGGCCGGCAUAAUGCUCUUCUUGUUUUUUACGUUAAUAUUUUUUUUUCUACGGAUGUGAGCGUGAUGCAAGGUUGGGUGACAAUGGCUUUGAAGCCUGGCGUUCCGAACAGACUCUGGAGAGAGCCAAGCUAGAACGUUUAAUGUUUUAUAAGUCUUAGUAUUGCUUUUAUAAGACACAGCUGAAGAUUGGCCAUCCCUCUUAAACCCUACCUGUCGCGACGGUCGGUCGCGAUGCACGAGAUGUAGUGAAAACAACUGCGUUCUGUUCGACCGGGCACUUGGAGGGGGGGGGGGGGCUACUUGCAUAAGACGAUGUACUUUCUUCCAGCUCUCGUUGCAGCAUCGCGGCACUCAACUCUCGCACGCCAAGCGUUUUACAAUUCUCGACUUGCUCGUAGCUGCUAGAAUAUAAAUAAGGUCCUGUGAGCAUUUUUCUGCAGAGAUUUAGAAUUCGUUCGGCCGUGCGAUGACCUGAAAGCGUGCCGCUCUAGCGUAUCCGGAGAUGUAAAAAAGAAAAACGAAGGCUUAACACAGCUAGAGGUACUGUUUCGAGCGUAAUAUUGAUACUCGACGAGAAACAAAAAAGUCGCGAAGCAUUUGACAUUAUCUAUUGCCUGCAGCGUGACGAAAAUAUGUCUAUUUGUUGAGUAAAAACGCUUCAUGAAUCAACCUACUUUCGUCUACCACUGUACGGACAGCUGCUCAUGACGUUAGAGCGUGAUCUGUCGCAAUAGCGCAUCGCCCUUCUCGUACCCGGCUACCGCAAAAUGGCUUGCUGCCGUAACGACCAGCGUACGAGUGCGAUACCUUUCCUACAGCAUAUGCCAGUCGAGUGCGCUAUAUGCCGUCACAGGCAUACAUACGCACGUUAACAAUUUCCGGACACGAGGCGCAUUUGCACGGCUCAUCGAACCUUUGUCUAGCAGUCCCGUUAUACGGUGUUAUAAUUACGAUGCGUUUAUUGUACUUUUUAAUUGACUUCCUUCUGACUGUCAUGUAUACACUGACGGACACGUUACGGUAAUUGCCGACACUGUAGUUUUUUCAGUCUCUUCAUAAUACUGCGAUAUACUUCGUUGCUUUCUGUAUAUUACUUUCGCGAGAUGCGAGGGGAAAACCGGUAGCAAUUUUUUUUUUCUGCAUACGCCGUUCUAGACUGCGCGGCUGCUGUAAUUCGCUUUAAGUGUUUUUCUUUUCUUCUUCUUUUUUUCUUUGUCGCGCCGUCUGACUCAGUUGUCAACAGUUCAACAUUCGCGGGGAAGCCCCGUCGACACAUCCAUUCAACUUCUUCGACUUUAUUAUACGCCCAACCGCAUUCCAUUGCUGCCUGGUGCUUUUUUUCUUCUUUUUUUUCCUUCGUUUACGUGUCACCCCUGCUUUGAUGCGCGCGCUACUACGCCAGAGUUGAGAGCAGGAAGCAUCUCGGCUUUCGUGGCGCUAAAUGAAAAGGCAAAUGUGAACUUCGCCACAGCUGGUUCUUUGUGCGUUAUGUUAAAAUGUUUUGUUUGUAGUUUAUAUUGCGUGUCUACUCGCGAAAGUUGAAGCGAAAUAAAAUCCACACGUGUUCUUGAGAA